UCUCCCCGCUCCUCCCACCACCCCGCUCCACUCCACAACCGCUGUUUGGCGUUGGCGGCUGGCUGUGCCGCUGUGCGGUUGUGGUGGGCUGGUGGGCUGCAAGGCUCAGGAAGUCAAGUCAAGUAGCAAAAGCGGCAGCAACAUGGCGAUGAUAGACGGGAGGCCAGCCCAGUAUGGGGUCACCCUCAAGCAGCUGCGGGAACUUAUGGGCCUGCCAGCUGCCGAGGCGAUCCCCAAACUCGAGGAGAUGGGUGGUGCACAGGAACUAUGUAAAAAACUCUACACCUCACCUAAUGAAGGGUUAACAGGUUCAGCAGUUGAUAUGGAACAUAGAAAAGAAACAUUUGGUUCCAAUGUAAUACCUCCAAAACCACCGAAGACUUUUUUUCGGUUAGUGUGGGAAGCACUUCAAGAUGCAACACUUAUUAUUUUAGAAAUUGCAGCUUUAGUCUCACUUGGUUUAGCCUUCUAUUCACCUGCCGAUGAAGAAGAACCAGAUGGAAAGUCAGGGAGUAGUCCUGAAGAGGAAGAAGGACAGCAUGGCUGGAUUGAAGGUCUAGCUAUUCUUAUAUCAGUUAUUGUUGUUGUGCUGGUAACGGCUUUUAAUGACUACACUAAAGAGAGACAAUUCCAAGGACUUCAAAGCAGAAUUGAGGGAGAGAAUAAAGUAAAUGUUAUAAGGCAGGGUGAAUUAAAGCAAAUACCUACAGGUGAUAUAGUAGUAGGUGAAAUAUGUCAGAUAAAGUAUGGAGACCUUCUUCCUGCGGAUGGCAUACUUAUACAGUCCAACGAUCUGAAAAUGGAUGAGUCAUCAUUGACUGGCGAGUCUGACCACGUUAAAAAGGGGAAAAACAAUCCAUUUAUUUUAUCAGGAACCCAAGUUAUGGAGGGCAGUGGUAAGAUGCUGGUCACUGCCGUUGGUGUUAACUCGCAAGCCGGCAUUAUCUUCGCUCUCCUUGGCGCUGCUGCUGAAGAAGAUCAGAAACAGAAGAAGGAAAUGAGGAAAGAUGCUAAAAAGGCGAGGAAGAAGCAGAGUAUAACAGGCGGUGAGGAGGAAGCUGGCAUGACGGGUAACAGCCACAUGCAUGCUGCCAUUGAUGGAAACCACGCUGCCAAGGCGGACCACAAUCACUCUGGCGGUGCUGCAGCGGCCAAGGAUGAGCCUCAGAAGGGCAAGGAGAAAUCAGUUCUGCAAGCGAAGCUCACUAAACUUGCUAUCCAGAUUGGCUAUGCUGGCUCCACUGUGGCAUUUGUGACUGUUGUUAUUCUAGUCAUUCAGUUCUGUAUGAAAACAUUUGUCAUCGAAGGUCAUCCUUGGAAAGCAAAAUAUGCCAAUGAUUUUGUGAGGCACUUGAUCAUUGGUGUUACUGUUCUAGUCGUAGCUGUCCCCGAAGGUCUUCCUUUAGCUGUAACUCUUUCUCUUGCAUACUCUGUCAAGAAAAUGAUGAAAGACAACAACUUGGUGCGGCAUUUAGAUGCUUGUGAAACAAUGGGCAAUGCCACUGCCAUUUGCUCUGACAAGACUGGAACUCUUACCACAAACAGGAUGACGGUAGUUCAGUCCUACAUUUGUGAGAAACUUAGCAAAACCACACCAAGGUUCUCAGAUAUCCCUCCAAAUGUUGCAAAUUUGAUGAUUCAAGGAAUGUCCAUCAAUUCUGGAUACACUUCUAAAAUCAUGGAACCUGCAAACCCUGGAGAACCAAUGAUGCAAGUUGGUAACAAAACAGAAUGUGCUCUUCUUGGAUUUGUUGUUGCUCUUGGCAAAAGCUAUCAGACCAUUCGUGAUGACGUACCAGAGGAAAUAUUCACCAGAGUAUACACUUUCAACUCUGUGAGGAAGUCAAUGAGUACCAUUGUUCCAAGGAAGGGUGGUGGUUACCGACUCUUUGUCAAAGGUGCUUCUGAGAUCAUUUUGACCAAAUGCUCCUUCAUCUAUGGGCGUAACGGUCACCUUGAGAAGUUCACAAAGGAGAUGCAAGACAGAUUGGUGCGACAGGUUAUUGAGCCUAUGGCAGCUGAUGGCCUGAGAACUAUUUCCAUUGCCUAUCGCGAUUUCGUACCUGGCAAGGCUGAGAUCAAUCAGGUGCACUUUGAUCAUGAGCCCAACUGGGAUGAUGAAGAAAACAUUGUUAGCAAUUUGACUGCCAUUUGUGUUGUUGGAAUUGAAGAUCCUGUUCGACCUGAGGUUCCGGAAGCUAUUCGCAAGUGCCAGAGGGCUGGUAUCACUGUGAGGAUGGUAACUGGAGAUAAUAUCAACACAGCUCGAUCCAUUGCCAUGAAGUGUGGCAUUAUUAAACCAGGUGAUGACUUCCUUAUUCUGGAAGGCAGUGAUUUCAACAGAAAGAUUCGUGAUCAGAAUGGAGAUGUGCAACAGCAUCUUCUGGACAAAGUGUGGCCCAGACUCAGGGUGCUUGCCAGAUCAUCACCAACUGACAAGUAUACCCUCGUCAAGGGUAUUAUUGACAGUAAAGUUUCUGAAGCAAGAGAAGUUGUUGCUGUCACUGGUGAUGGUACCAAUGAUGGUCCUGCUCUGAAAAAGGCCGAUGUUGGUUUUGCUAUGGGAAUUGCUGGAACAGAUGUGGCCAAAGAAGCUUCUGACAUUAUCCUGACGGAUGACAACUUCAGCAGUAUUGUCAAGGCUGUUCUUUGGGGCCGUAACGUUUAUGACAGCAUAGCAAAGUUCCUUCAGUUCCAACUGACUGUCAAUGUUGUUGCUGUGAUUGUUGCAUUUGUUGGUGCCUGUGCUGUUCAGGACAGUCCUCUGAAGGCUGUUCAAAUGCUGUGGGUCAAUCUCAUCAUGGACACUCUAGCAUCGCUUGCAUUGGCUACGGAAUUACCAACUCCAGACCUUCUUCUCCGGAAACCUUAUGGAAGAACCAAACCUCUGAUUUCAAGGACUAUGAUGAAAAACAUUCUAGGACAGGCCGUUUAUCAGCUGUCUGUUGUGUUCGCCUUGCUUUUCCUUGGUGAUCAACUACUGGACAUCAAAAGCGGACAGUCUGUCAAAGGAGAAGCUACUCAGCAUUUUACCGUUAUUUUCAAUACUUUUGUCAUGAUGACUAUGUUCAAUGAAAUUAAUGCCCGGAAAAUCCAUGGUCAAAGAAAUGUGUUUGAGGGAUUCUUCUCCAAUCCAAUCUUCUACUCUAUCUGGAUUGGCACUAUUGCUGCCCAGGUGGUCAUCAUCCAGUACGGCAAGGAAGCCUUCUCCACAAAGAGCCUCACCUUUGAUCAGUGGCUCUGGUGCAUCUUCUUUGGAGCAGGUACUCUUGUAUGGGGACAGGUAGUCACAACUGUACCCACUAGAAAGAUUCCGAAGAUCCUUUCAUGGGGUCGGGGCCACCCAGAGGAGUACACCGAAGCCAUCAACCUUGGUGACGAAAGGUUUGAUGACAGUGAUAAAAAACCUCGAGGACAGAUCCUAUGGAUCAGAGGACUAACAAGACUUCAGACUCAGGUGAUAGGUGGUGAAUUGCAAGAGCGUUUGAUUCCGGUCCCCUACAGCAAGAGUUCUACCGAUCAAGCUAUUCGCGUGGUGAACGCCUUCCGACAGGGCCUGGACGCCCGGUGCACGGACUGCAGCUCGGUGAGCCUGGCCGAGGUGCUGCGCAAGCAGGCCUCGCUCAGCAAGCGGCUGUCGCAGACCUCCUCCAUCGAGUACGCCGACAACCUGCCGGACGAGCUGGCCGUGCCCGAGGUCGACGUGGAGCGGCUGUCGUCGCACAGCCACACCGAGACGGCCGUCUAGCGCCAAGCCUAGCCUGCCGCGACCGCCGUGACCGCCGCGACCGACCGGGGGCAAGGCCGGGCCGGCAAGGCGGCCAAGGUGGCCAAGGCCAGGGGGAGCCGCGACACUGCCGCCCCGCCCUCGGGGCCCUCGGGGCCCUCGGGGCCUUCGGGCAGACCCCGGUCCAUGGACUAGGCGUGCAGGCCAGGCCUGCGGCCCAACGGCCAGCGGCCUCGUGUUACUUUACGCUUUUUUUUUAUCAAAGAAAAAAAGUGGGGCUGGACGGAGGCUACGUGAAGGACACUUUCUCGCCUCGGUCCCUCCGGAAGCCCCCGUUGUUGUUGUUAUCUGGCGGAGGUGGGGGCGUGCGUAGCGCGCGCGUGCGUGCGUGUGUGUGCUGCAUACGCGCGCGCGUCCAAUCAGUGAACUUGUUUAUAGGACUGACGGACUUUCGUUCGUUUGCCGUCUGUGCAUUCCACGCGGUCCGCGCGGCCGAGCGAGGCGGAGUGGAUGUCGCGUCUGGUCGGCUCCACUGGGAUUUUGAUUUGAAAACUAAACCUGACCUUUGACGUGCAUUGUAAAAAAUCAUCCAAAACAUCAUUUACUUUCCAUCUCAGUCCCGAAUCUCAAAAUUCCGUAAGCAUUGAACAGACCCCGUCUGGCGGCAUCUACCUGCAGCAGAUUUCGUCGAAUCACGAACUGGGACGAUUUCGCACAAAUCCUUUUGUUUGCUGUCGGCAAGUACCCGCCCCGCCCCCCGGCGCGGAGUGUCCCCCUGUUUGGCCACCACUCACACACUCUCACACACACUCACAGACGCGGCGUGGACUCGUGGAAUGUGCAGAUGGACGCAACGUCAGUCGCUCGUUCGGUGUUCGACGACUACUUCGCGCGGUCUUUGUUGUUGUUGUCUCGGCCGUUGUUUUUGUUAGGGGAUUGGUCGUCUGGACUCUAAACCCUAGAGCUAGAGAUAGUUUCAACUGAAAUAGGAAAGAGUGUUGAAGAAGACACCGAUGGCGAGCGACCAAGAAAUGAACGACAAGUCAAGAUAGUGGUUUUUUUCACUUAAGGAAGAGCGCAUUUUGCGCUAGCUCUUCGUGCAUGUAAUUAUUGUAAGUAAUUAGUUGUUAAGUGAAUGAAGAGACAGUUGUCAAGUUGUUGUGUCUUUUCUGCGGAAGGCAGGGCUUGUGCUUGAAAAAUGUUGAACAUUGUUAAAAUUAUAGUUUUUUUAUUUGAUAGCCUAUGGAGGCAAUGAAUUGCUGGAGUCACUGUUCAUGUAGGUUAUAGAUUCCAUGUUGAUUCUUGAGUCGGAUGAAAGGGGUCUGCCGUUUGGACCCACCCACGCCAGAGUUUUGUUAUCAGCUUUUCUUGGUGUACUUGUUCCUGCUAGUCACUAGGACCAUCAUGUUAAAGUUGAACUGUUUUAUCUAACCACUACUGUAACCUCGGAGCACCCGCCUUCGGACCGCAGGCCGACCGCGGGCCUGCCCGCCGGGCCUGCGCGUCCUUGCGAGUCCUGCGGAGUGCAGGGACAACCUGGGGAAUGCCGCAAGAGCAAUAUUUGUCGACCACAAAAAAAAAAUGUGUCCCAAAUACGGCCGUUGUUACUGUUAUUAUUUUUCUUUGAGAUUUUUAAUGUAUUGUAAAAGAUGAACUUUACAUUUACACAGUUGUUGAAUGUUCUUUACUUGGGGGGGAUGGGUGUUAGACUGGUUUGUUAGAUUAGUGCUGCGGCCUUGAUGUCUUGAACCAACCUGAGGUAGCCCACGGGCCGCCGCAGCCGCCACGCUGCAGGUCUGGGGAGGUGCUCUACCUCGAUGCUGGCGCUCUUCUGUAAUGUCGUUCGACUGAAAUCUGCAGCCUGUAUCACGGAGAUAAGGUACUAUAGAUAUGUUGCGAAAAAAGAAGUAUAACUAGUUGUUAAGAACCUCUCUUUGGCUGUUAAUUAAGUCUAAAGAAUUGUAUCAAACGAAUGACUGAUAUUCGGAUCGUAUAGCGAGACAAGUCUUUCAAUUCAACGUUUUAUAAAAGUCGGUCUCAAAGAUAAUCAUCCAAAUAUUGUUGUUUAUCGAAACGAAUUGCCAAUGUAAGUAAUCCUUUGUAAAGUACUGCCAUCUCAUCUUGUUUGCCCGAGAUGCAGUAUGUUUGAAAAUAUUGGCAAUGGCUUCGAGUGAUGUGCCUUACCACAUCUCUCUAGCGAAUGUUGAAAUCGUGACCGCGACUGCAUCUUGUUCAAGUUUUUCAUUUUGCUUCAUGACACAUGAUGACUAAUGCAUUAAAUCUAAUUGUGUUCAUCAUACAUAUACAGCUGUUCAUUCAUAAGCUUUAAUAAGUGCGUUAUCGGGUUUUGUCAUCAGUUCUAGCUUUUUUGUAAGGAUUCUAUAUUACAGUGAACCAACUGAAACACGAUACACCACUAUCUUACUUCUACCAGUUUAUUAGGUUAGUUCAGGCUUCAAAUUCGAACUUCAUAACUUUUUGAUUUGUGCUCGAAACAAUACUUUGUAUUUCAUUGAAGGAAUUCUUAUUUCCGUCGAAUGUUAAUGGCAAAUAAUCGUUUUUACUAAAUAAAUGUUUAUUGUAUCGAUUCAUUGUUAAAA